ACCAAGCUUAUUGGCUAUUGUCUAGUUACAUUACACUUGUACGCAUUUAUCAUUCGAGUCCUCUCUCUCUCUCUCUCUCUAUCUGUGUUUAUUUUUUCCAGUGCUGGAGCGUUGUACACGAAGAAAACUGUUGGUGUUAGAUUCAACAAUAAAGUUGAAACUAAUUAAGAAGUGGGGGAUUUGAUCAUUUUGGAAGUUAACUAUGGCUAUGCAAACCAUAUAUCUCAAAGAACAUGAAGGACUUGUCCCUAACACCAUAGGGCACUUGUCCUCAAUUUCAUCUGUGCCUUGGUGGAGUGCCUUUGGAUCUCAGUCAGUUUUUGGAGACUCUUGUGACCAACUGAAACCUUUAUCCAUGGAAAAACCCGGUACCGGGGACCUGCUCUUUUCCACCAAACAUGCAGGAAGAGGCGCUGAUUUAGGACCAGAUAAAGGGAACAUAACUCAGUUUACUAUCUUUCCUGGGGAUGGACAAAAGUCUCAGGGAACCAUUUCUUUGCAAUCAUCCGUGCCAGAAUAUCAUGCUCGUUUUGAGCUGGGAUUCGGUCAGCCUAUGGUUUGUGCAAAAUAUCCAUAUAUGGAUCAAUUCUGUGGAGUCCUCUCUUAUGGACAUCAGCUCUCGGGACGCAUUAUGCUGCCGCUGAACUUGACUGCAGAUGAUGGACCAAUCUAUGUCAAUGCUAAGCAAUACCAUGGAAUCAUCAGGCGUCGACAGUCUCGUGCAAAGGCAGCAGUGCUGGAGAAUAAGCUGCCAAAAGCUCGCAAGCCAUAUAUGCAUGAAUCUCGCCAUCUCCAUGCAUUGCGCCGUCCAAGGGGAUGCGGUGGCCGUUUCUUGAACACAAAGUUUCAGAACAAUGACAAAGGUGGAAGACCCGUGGCAAUGAAACUCAGGAAUGGACAGCAACUCUCUAGGUCCUCGCGCUCUCAGAGCUCCGAAGUUCUGCAGUCAGAAAGUGGAACUCUGAACUCAUCAAAGGAAGCAAACAACAGCAGUGGUUCAAACCUCUCAGGAUCAGAGGUGACCAGUGUGUACUCCAGGGGAGAACUUGAGCACUUCCGGAUCAAUCAUCUUGGCUCUUCAUUCCAUUCUGUCACGGACAUGAUGGAAAACUCACGCGGCAUUGUCAUGCCCACCAAAUGGGUUGCAGCCGCUGAUCAUAGCCGCUGCAACCUCAAUGUUUGACAACAAGAGCAAGUGGGGUUUGAUGCUGAGGCAUUCAUACCCCAUUUCUUGUUUGCAGCCAUGUUGGAAAAACCUGGUGCCAGCAGUUUCCUUGUUAUGGUUUCUGCAACACAGGAUUUUGGGUUUGAGGAUGGCCUCCCCAACCAUUUGGCUGCUUCUCAAACGGCAACUCAUUCUUGGCUCAUGUUGACUUCCACACGGAGUUGACAUAAUUUAGUUAGUAAAAUAUACAAGUAUAAUAUGGAUUUGAAUAAAAUGGCGAUUGGAGACAAAAGGUUGUGGUUUGUGAUUGUGACAUAAAAAAAGAGAACAAUGUCAAUGUUGUUAUUGGUGCUUGUGCUUUUGAAGUUCAGUGUCUGGUGAAUUAUGUUUUUAGACUGAUGUAAUGCGAAACUUUAUGGUGUGGUGUUUCUCAGCUGUAUUAUACUAAUAAUUCCUACGAAGUACGUUCUGUUUUAUUCUGUUA